AUGGACGGAAUGGUGGAGGAGAACGGAACUUCUAGCGCUGCAGGAGUAGCGGAUCCCCUGGCGAGCGGAGGUUCCGCAGCGAACGCGACCCCUCAUGUGGUGGUCACGAGUAUAGUGCAGCUCACAUUACCAAGUCAAGCACCAUCCGCACAGGUCCAAUCAGUUAUACAACCAAAUCAACAAUCUGUCAUUCAAACUGCAUCCAAUAUACAAUCAGUACAACUACAAAAAGGCAAUGUGAUAUUGGUGAGCAAGCCUAGCUCCGUCAUACAUACUACUCAAGGAACUCUCCAAACAUUACAGAUUAAACCCGAACCUAACACAAUAUUAAGUACCCAAGGACAAUCUUGCAGUGAUGACAGUUGUAGUGAUGAAGAGAGUCCCAAGAGGAAAUACAGAGAAAUGUUAACAAGACGUCCAUCAUAUAGGAAAAUACUUAAUGACCUUGGAGGAACCGAAAUUGCUGAAAAUCGCAUGGGAACUAAAGCAGUAUUGGAAAGUGAAGUGUCGCUGUCACCCUCUUUAUCGUUUGCGCCAGUUAUUCCAGCGAGUUCACUUCAGACUGAAAGUGGAUUACACACAUUAGCAGUAUCAGGCACCACAGCUGGUGGGACCUUAGUCCAAUAUGCAACUAAUCAAGAUGGUCAAUUCUAUGUACCGGGGCCAAUAUUAGAGGACCAAACGAGAAAACGUGAAUUAAGGUUGUUAAAAAAUCGUGAAGCCGCAGGGAGUGCCGGCGAAAGAAGAAGGAGUAUAUUAAAUGCCUCGAGAACAGGGUUGCUGUACUAG